AUGAAGUGGGCAAAGAAGAAGCCUUCAUCUUCAUUGAUCAAUCAUGUUUUCCCUGUUUCUUGGCUCUCAAAAUUCAAACAAAAGAAGAAUGGCAACACUGAGAAUCAAGAAGCAGCAAAAAUGAAGCAGAAGAGCAAGGCGAAUUUGACUUCUUUGACAUCGCCGACGAAUGUUAGCUUGAAAGAAGGCAGAUUCUAUGGUGGGGAUGAUGAUGAUGAUCCUUACUGGAGGCUUUCUUUUACUGAAGACAGAUUUGAAGCUUAUCAUCAGAAUCAACAAAUUCAGAACCCACUCUGGAAUGGUUCUUAUGAUGAAUGUGAUCAAGUUUCAGCUUGGAAUUCCAAGAUUCUUUUGGGAGAAGAGGAUCACAAGUUCAAUUAUAUGGUUUCAAGAAAGAUAACGGAAAAGCCCAAGAAAAUGUGGAUUACACAGAAAGAAGCAGAAUUCAGUAACAGAAAGAUGAAUUCUGUCAGAGAUGAGAAGCUGAGGAAACUGAGUAGAAAAGCUCUGGAGCAGAGAAUAGCAGAAAAUGCAAGAGAACCUGAUCAAGAAGAAGAAGAAGAAGAAAGAGCAGCAGCGGUGAUAGAGAAAGAUAUAUUCGAAAUAGAGCCCGAGAAUGAGAAGGUAAUGCAAAAGAGGAAGGAGAAAACAACAGCCUAUUGUACAAGAAAUACGAGGAGUGUGACUGAUUCCAGUCAGAAUACAGUCGAGGAAACUUACAUGUUUGAAUCUCUGAAUCUAGAUGAAGAAGCUGAUGAAUUGUCUGAAGAAGAAUUUGAAUCAGAAUGCCUAGAGAUGAAAGACAUGAAAAUCAAAGAAAUGUCAGAGAAAAGUGACUAUCAGCAGAGAAAAUCAGUGUACAUAAACCAGAAGAGAAGACGAAAACAUGGUGUUAAACUCAGAGCAUAUUCACCAAGAACAACAGCCAAGAUAGAAUGCAGAAUCAAAGCUCUUGAAGACAUGAAGAAAGCAAAGAUGAAGAUGAGACAAGAGACAAAGGAGAGAUCGGGAGGAGACAGGACAGUUUUCGAUAGCUAUGCUGUUGUAAAGAGUUCAUUUGACCCUUUUAGGGACUUCAGAGAGUCGAUGAUUGAGAUGAUAACACAGAGAGGGAUAAAAAACUCAGAGGAGCUUGAAGAGUUAUUGGCUUGUUAUCUGACACUGAACUGCGAUGAAUACCAUGAUCUCAUUAUCAAGGUCUUUCGGCAGGUAUGGUUUGAGCUGAACCAGGUUAAUAUUGGAGCAGGAUUGCAGAAUUGUUGUUGUUCUGAUGACUUGGGAAUUGCUUAA